AUGACUUCCACAUCAGUUGUCUUCAGCGGCAGCAUAAACUCGGGUACUCAGGUGGGAGUUAAUUACGGAUCUAUCCAUCUGUCCCAAGGCCCCGAGGGAGAGGGAGGACCAGAAACCCCACCUCCCCCUGUAUCGACCGUUCCGUUCGUUCGUGACCCAGACUUUGUCGAUCGUGGAACAUUACUCGGUCAGGUAUACGACAAAGGAACGACACCAGGGGCUCGGAUAGCGCUUGUUGGGCUUGGGGGCGUGGGGAAAUCUCAACUUGCGAUCGAAUGCUCUUACCGAAUGCGAGAAGAGUCGCCUAAUACAUGGGCUUUCUGGAUUCACGCAGGUAAUGCCGCUCGUUAUGAGCAGAGUUGUCGAGAUAUCGCCGACCGAGUCAAGAUCCCGGGGCGGAGGGAUCCCACCUCGAAUAUUUUCAAACUCUUUCACGACUGGCUUGUCGAUGAGAGAAAUGGAAAAUGGGUUCUGGUCCUUGAUAAUGUGGAUGAUAGUAGUUUCCUCCACGAAGUUCAAAGUGGUCACAGUGGUGCACAAGGGCGGCCACUCUUCACAUACCUCCCGAUUAGCCUUAAUGGGUCAAUGAUCAUAACAUCCCGAAGCAGAGGUGCAGCACUUAGCAUGGUGGAAGACGGCGAUAUAAUUACGAUCGAACCGAUGGAUCCGUCACACGCAACGAUGCUAUUUAAAAAGAAGCUAGGAGCGCAAAUCGAGGAGGAAAAUAUCAUUCAGCUCGCUGCUGCGCUUGACUAUAUACCACUUGCGAUCGUGCAAGCCGCAAACUACAUCAAGCAGAGAAGGCCACGGGUUUCGGUGCCACAGUAUCUCACAAAAUUUCAGAAGAGCGACCUUAAGAGAACCAGUCUCCUAGCGUAUGACAUGGGACAGCUGCGUCGGGAUAGGGAAGCCAAUAACUCCAUCCUUACUACGUGGCAAAUAUCCUUCAACCACAUACAGCAAAUUGAACCGGCAGCAGCCGACCUUUUAUCACUUAUGAGUUUCUUCGACCGCCAAGGCAUUCCUGGAACCCUCCUUCAAUAUCAGCCAGCGAAGGAAAAUGGCGAUAUACAUUCGGAAGACAAGAACGAGAUAUCUGACGAUGAUGAGGGGAUCGAAACGGAUUCUAGCGUGGACGAUGACUUUGAAGACAAUAUCCUGACCUUGAGAAAUUACUCGAUGAUUUCUAUUGGUGUGAAUGAAGACACUUUCGAAAUGCAUCGGCUCGUGCAACUUGCUAUGCGGAAGUGGCUUGAGGCCCAUGGAAAACUCGAACAUUGGAAGCAACAAUUCAUCGAGAUACUUCAUCAUACGUUUCCGACCGGGCAUUUUGAGACAUGGGCUGUGUGUCAGCCGCUCUUUCCACAUGUACAAUCUGCUGUCACGCAACGGCCGGUUCAGGAAGACAUAUUGCAAAAGUGGGCUAGCCUAGUUCAUAGAUCAGCAUGCUUUGCGUUUACAAAGGAGGAUAUCGUCGAGUGUGAGAAGAUGGCAGUCUUGGCUAUGAAGACAAGAAAGAGAUUGUUUGGUCCAUAUGACGAAAAGACACUGGAGAGUUCUGAAAUUGCUGGGCUAGCAUAUAGUCUUAGCGGGAGAUGGAAGGACGCAGAAAUUCUGCAGCUACAAGUGAUGAACGCCCGCAACCAGUUGCUCGGACCAGAGAAUCCCGACACUCUGGUCAGCAUAAGUAACCUAGCAUCAACCUACAGGGAUCAGGGACGGUGGAAGGAGGCUGAAGAGCUCGAUGUGCAGGUGCUAGAGACCCGCAGCCAGGUCCUCGGGCCAGAGCAUCCUGACACUCUGGUCAGCAUAAGUAACCUAGCAUCAACCUACAGGGAUCAGGGACGGUGGAAGGAGGCUGAAGAGCUCGAUGUGCAGGUGCUAGAGACCCGCAGCCAGGUCCUCGGGCCAGAGCAUCCUGACACUCUGGUCAGCAUAAGUAACCUAGCAUUGACCUACAUGAACCAGGGACGGUGGAAGGAGGCUGAAGAGCUCCACGUGCAGGUGCUAGAGACCCGCAGCCAGGUCCUCGGGCCAGAGCAUCCUGACACUCUGGUCAGCAUAGGCAACCUAGCAUCAACCUACAGGGAUCAGGGACGGUGGAAGGAGGCUGAAGAGCUCCAGGUGCAGGUGGCGGAGACCCACAGCCAGGUCCUCGGGCCAGAGCAUCCCCACACUCUGGUGAGCAUGAACAACCUAGCAUCGACCUAUAGGAGCCAGGGACGGUGGAAGGAGGCUGAAGAGCUCCACGUGCAGGUGCUAGAGACCCGCAGCCAGGUCCUCGGGCCAGAGCAUCCCCACACUCUGGUGAGCAUGAACAACCUAGCAUCGACCUAUAGGAGCCAGGGACGGUGGAAGGAGGCUGAAGAGCUCCAGGUGCAGGUGCUAGAGACCCGUAAGCAGGUCCUCGGGCCAGAGCAUCCCCACACUCUGGUGAGCAUGAACAACCUAGCAUCGACCUAUAGGAGCCAGGGACGGUGGAAGGAGGCUGAAGAGCUCCACGUGCAGGUGCUAGAGACCCGCAGCCAGGUCCUCGGGCCAGAGCAUCCCGACACUCUAGCUAGCAUAAACAACCUAGCAUCGACCUACUGGAACCAGGGACGGUGGAAGGAGGCUGAAGAGCUCCAGAUACAGGUGGCGGAGACCCGCAGCCAGGUCCUCGGGCCAAAGCAUCCCGACACUCUGGUCAGCAUGCAUAACCUAGCAUCGACCUACAUGAACCAGGGACGGUGGAAGGAGGCUGAAGAGCUCGAGGUGCAGGUAAUGAAUACCUAUAAGCAGGUGCUCGGGCCAGCGCAUCCCAACACUCUGGCAAGCAUGAACAGCCUUGCUCAUACCUUAAGGUCAUUAGGUCAACUUGAUACUGCUUUACAAGUGAUGAUAGAAUGUGCCCAGCUCUGCGGCCAAAAUUAG